UUCCAAGGGGCGGUCAAAAUAGAUCGGUCGGGGUGUCCUGGCAUUUGUGGCCCGCAGGCCGCGACCACAUCAACCCUGUCUUUCUCAAGCUUCCGAAAUUCCUUCACUUCCAAUGUCAAUUACUUGAAACGAAGUUCAGCGGAGGCGUUGCGCAGAUUUAGCUCCGGUGACCUCCAGUCGGAGUGCGAUGAGGGCGAGGUGGACCCGUACACCGGCCGCCCGGCCACCACCAGCCAACCCAAGCCGCAGCAACGUCCGGUCUCCCAGGCGACAGGUGGUAGCCUCGGGAGCGGUGCAGCACCACCAACUCCGAGCGCGGCGAGCACGGGCAGCGCUGGCUCCGGCGGCGACCUGUCUCUGAACCUCCGCGGAGGGUCUCGAGGAACAUCAGCGCCUUCCUCUCCAGCCAAGUCUAGGGAAUCUCUUCUACAGCGGGUACAAUCGUUGACUGGCGCUGCGAGGGAUCAAGGGGCUAAUUUGCUAGGGAGUGUAACUUCGGUGGCAUCAGUGGGCCGUGGUUACAACCGUGACCGCUGCGUCACGUUGCUGGUUGUGGAUGACCAAAACACCGAUUGGUCGAAAUAUUUCCGUGGUCGUCGCUUGCCCGGCGAAUGGGAUAUACGCGUCGAACAAGCAGAGUUCCGGGAAUUGUCUGUGACAGCUAACUCUGAUGGCGCCAACGUGUCUAUGGCGGUAUACCGCAGCGGAACUAAGGUUACCCGAUGUUUCAAGCCGGAUUUCGUCUUGGUGAGACAAAAUGUUCGCGACGCUGGUGCCGACCACCGCGCCUUACUCCUGGGCCUUAAGUUCGGAGGAGUACCCUCGAUCAACAGCCUAAACUCAAUUUAUCACUUCCAGGAUCGGCCAUGGGUGUUCGGUCAUCUACUUCAAUUGCAACGACGCUUGGGACGCGAGAACUUCCCUCUGAUUGAACAAACUUAUUAUCAUAACCACACUGAUAUGGUAACGGCACCAAAGUUCCCAGUGGUGAUCAAGAUCGGGCACGCGCAUAGUGGCGUGGCCAAGGUGAAAGUGGACUCCUUGGCCGACUUCCAGGAUAUAGCUGGUGUUGUUGCAAUGCUUGGCACUUACUGCACCGUGGAGCCGUAUAUUGAUGCAAAAUAUGAUAUACACAUACAAAAAAUCGGCACUAACUACAAAGCUUUUAUGCGUAAGUCCAUAUCUGGAAACUGGAAAACCAAUCAAGGUUCUGCAAUGCUUGAAGCUAUCGGAAUGAAUGAUAGAUAUAAGAUGUGGAUUGACGAGGUCAGCGAAAUAUUCGGUGGAUUGGAAGUCUGUGCUCUGGAACUGGUGGUAGGCAAAGAUGGAAGAGAACACAUUAUCGAGCUCAACGAUUCUGCUACCUCUUUCAUGGGCGACUCUCAAGAAGAAGACCGACGUCAUCUUUCCGAACUGGUCUUUCAACGGAUGCAGAACGUAUGCCGGCCCGGUAUAACCAAGACGACCUCCCGCACCUCGGUGUCGGGCAGCGGCGCGGCGUCGCCCGAGGAGCGCACCCCUGCGCACGUGGCCGGCCCGCCGAGCGUGCCGCCGCCCGCCCCGCUGGCCACCGCCGCUAGCAUCGACCGCCCGCUGCCGCCGAUACCGGCAGAGCCCUCUCAGCCGCCUCCGCCGCCGCUGGCGCGCCGUGAUUCCCAAGCAUCGCAAUCAUCCACGGUAUCGUCAACGUCCGCGGCGCCGGCAACAACGAGCGCGGGCACGGCGAGCACGACUACCAACGCGGGCAGCCGCUUCUCCCGGCAGGGCUCGCUCAGCGCCGCGCUCACUGAAGACGCGGAGGACACCAUGAAGAACCUAAGGAAAACUUUCGCCGGCAUUUUUGGCGAUAUGUAAACCCAAUUUACGUUUCGAAUUGUAGACAUUUUUCGUUACGUUUGGUUUUUUUUUACUGUUGUCAGGAUUAUUUGUAUAAUGUGCAAUAUUUUGGUAUUCGUCGCCUGCUUUAAAACACAAAUUGAUUUCCUUCGAUCUUUUUUUAGUAUAAUUAUUUGGAGGUUUAGAAUAUUUAAAAUUUGUGGGCAAGAUUGCCAAUCAUUCUCUGUGUUAAAUUAACUACAGGUAUGGUUAUAAUUUCCAGUAGAUUUGAAAUGUUUUUAUGUAUUUAACACGCGUUCCUUUGAUAACCUCCCAAAACCCAGUAAGUGAAUCUUAAACCUUGUGAAAGUUGCACUGAAUACCUAAAGAAAUAGGAUCCUUUAUACUACCUUAAAAUAAUAGCAAUACAAAACUCAGAAAGCUUAGUUUAAGUGUUGAUUGUGAAUGUAGAUUUUUUACAAUGAGUUACCAAGAGUGACUUUACGAAUCAUCUAAGCUAUAUUGUGAUGGAAACAAAUUAAUCUUGUGUCGUCACGCUACAAAUGUUAUAUUCUUAAUUAUAAAGUUAUUAUAAAAAUCAUAUAUGUCGCUACGUUAUUAAUAACCUUCUUUCAUCUCGUAGAGACUCAUUUACAAUAAUAAAUAGUGCUUAUCGUCUUUUACAAUAUGAAUAUGUUUUUCCUGACACCUAAAUGAUGGAAAAGAAGUGAAUAUUCUUAAAGUAUUAUUUGUGUAACUUAUUAGUUUUGUGAUUGAUGUAUGUUUAUAUAAUUUGAAAGAAAAAUAAUAUGUGAAAAAAAAGGAUUAAUCUCACACUAUAUUCGGAGAAGAUGAUGAAAUAAGUAACUGGUAUGUAAGCAAUGCUAUUUGAGACAAUAUUGUUAAAUGCAAACAUAUAUUCCACAUUUUAUUAUAUAUAAUGUAUCUUACUUAUUAUAUCUUGUAGAUUAAGAAGUAAAUCUUUAAGAAAGCGUUUGUUAUUAUGAUCAUAUCCUUCGCUUCCUUCCUUCUUAUAGUAGAUUGUCUGUGGCCGUAACGCUGCCGUCAUUAAUUUAUAAUUAGAAGAAGUUACAUUUCUAUUAGUUAAACAUAAUUAAUUACUCCUAUCUUUUGCUUCAUACAGAAACUUUAAUUACUAAAUUCGUUUUAUUGCGCAUAGUCAUAUCAUAAAAUGAGAAUAAUCAUUGUGUUGUUAUUAAUGAUAGAUUGUUGUGCGUCGCAUUGUCUACUGUUUAACUGUUUUUAAAUUUUAAAGUAAUAAAUACUCUUUAGCAAAUAUAGUAGAAAGUUAUAACAUGUAAGUAGCUGAAUUUAUACGCAAUGAAAAUGGCAACCACUUGAAGUUUUAUUUGAGCCAAUGUCAUCAAUAACAUUCCAUAUGUUAUCGUUCAAUUACAACGAAAAUUAACUAUAUAACUGUGUGUUUAGGACAAGAUUAAGUAUAUUAAUAGGGGAAAGAAGUUCGGUAUUGAAAAAAGCGGUGUUAAGUUUAUGGUAUUGAAGUCAAUAGAAGCAUGUCUUUUACUAUUGGGGCCUUGGCAUUGUGUUAAAUAAUUGAAAUACGAUAUUCGUAGAUGAACGAUAUUAUUAUGCACUCGUAGCUAGAUUUUGACACGAAAACAUUAGCUCUAAUAAUUACGUAUAUAAGGGUCUAUAAACGUGUUACUAGAUCGCCACAAUGCCGGACCUACGAACUGAUGUAUUUUGCGUUCUCAAUGACUAAAGUGGUUAAAUUUUAUUUAAGAACAAAUUUCCAAUUAUUAAAUGUUAAGAUAAUAUAAACACUAAAUAUAAUGCUGUUGUUGUUGUUGCUAAACAAGUUAUACAUUGUGUAUCCACUCGUAUGAAAAUGCUCGAUUGGUUAAUCACGAUAAAAUCGGUUGAACAAUAUACAAUAUAUCCUCCGAAGGAGCGCGAGGCCUCCGAAACGCGACGCAAGCACCUGCUAACCUCGCGAUUUUAUCUUGAUGUAAUCAUUCGAUAAUAUUAAAGAGACAUGGUCUGUCGUAAUUAUAACUGUUUAUAAAUUAUUCUCAUUUCCAUGUCAUGUGUUAAAUGAAAUUAAUCAAUUUCCUUGUGUAGGUAGUGUAGAUGUCAAUAAUUAGUUUAUAUUUGAUGAAUGUUCUUUUCAGUAAAUAAGUUAAUCCCUUUAAGUGAUGAAAGCAAUAAUAUUACCUUACUUGUUAUUCUCAUAUAUUAUGACAUCCAUGUCUUAUUGUAAUUUAAUGGAAUUUGAAUGCAUGUUAAUCUAUAUUAUAUUAAAUAUAUAUCGAAUA